UUCGUCUGCAAGCGCUCGCAGCCGAUCCGCCGUCACAACGACGCUUCGACAGUUUGCGAUGCCAUUGCUAGAAGAUCUUUCAGACGAAGGUUGUCAUAUCUCUCGACCAGCAAUCUCAAGUGUGCACGGCGAAGACGACGAGCGAUCUUUACUGAAGGUCGAAGUUGACAAUGACAACGCCCACUGCAGCGACUCUGCCGAUUGUGGAGGUACCUCCACGGACGUGGAUACGGAGGUGAAGGUGAUUGGGUGUGGUUUCUUCCACCAUCGAAUGGUCAUCAUUCUUGGAUUGGGCAAUGCCGCAGAUGCUGUUGAAAUCCUCGCCAUGAAUUACAUUUUGGCCGAUUAUGGCACCAUUACGCCAUGGGAAUCCAGCUUUCUCACCGCAGCGGUAUUCGCAGGCAUGCUAGUCGGAGGGUUGGCUGGAGGGGUUAUGGCGGAUGCAUAUGGCCGCAGGCCCAUCGUCUUGCUAAAUCUGGGCAUUAACGCUGCGUCAGCGCUGAUGUCGGCGCUGUCGCCAAGUUUGCCCUGGCUGAUUCUGUUUCGGACAUUCGCAGGAAUUGGUGUCGGAGGAAUCAUUUCAUGCUUAUUUGCUUUAUGCGUCGAGCACUUGCCUGUGUCAGCGCGGGCGCGAUACAUCACAAUCUUGUGCUCGUUCUGGAUGUUGGGUUCGAUUGUGACAGCGGCAGCGGCGUGGUUGAUGCUGGGGAAGUCCCUAGUUACGCACUCACGCAUCCUACCAUGGACAAACUGGAGGCACUUUGCCGCGUUUGCCGGCGUUCCAGCUCUCCUUUGUGGCGUCUUGACAUACUUUUACGUCCCAGAAAGUGCGCGCUUCUUGGUCUCGCAGCGCAAGUUUGCCGCGGCGGCGUCCGUAUUGACUCACAUUGCACACAUCAACGGCCGUCGGGAGUACACAAAACCAAUGUUGUCCGUGCAAGACAAAAAGGCUGACAACCGUCGAGACAACGUGCGCUUUCAUUGCAUGAAUUGGUUUGUUGUGUCGCCGAUGUUGCGCAAGGUGUCGUUGUGCCUUUGUGUCACGUCAUUUGCCUUGAGUUUUGGAUCGUAUGGCAUUUCGACGUGGAUUACAAAGCUGUUCGUCAGCAUCGGUCUGUCGAAUCCAUACGCGAAUGCGUUCUUAUAUGCGGGGGCCAAUCUUCCUGGGAAUCUCGUCAGGUAUGCGCCGAUUGUCAUUGCCGCUCUUUUCGCGCCUGGACUCGAAAUGCAGCGCACACCUUGGUCGCCUACGUUUGAAUUGUGUUGUUGCCAUAGUUAUCUUGUCGUGGAUUCGUGGGGUCCACCAGGUCUGCUCAAAGUCGCGCUGGUGGGAGCGGCAGCCGCAGCCCUGCUGUUCUCGUUGCAGCCCCUUGAAAGCGACAAUGUGGAGAGCGCCUCGUCAAGACCUCCAUCUGCCGAAAACACCAGCCGCGCCACAAUUGUGGUUCUAGCAUGCCUCUUCAACGCGUUUACGACGGCCUCGUGGAAUGCAGUAUGUGAUCAUGUCAUUGCGAAUUUGUAUGAUUGGACAUUGUCCCAUUAGUUUGGGGUGGUCUCGACGAAUGCAUUCCCGUUACCAGUACGAGUGACCGCGAUGUCUGUGGUGAAUUCAGUCGGAAAGGUUGGCGCGAUAACUGCCCAGUUUGUGAAUGGAUUCCUCCUCGGUCCGCCACCCCACUUGAUGACGCUGCUCGUGGUCACGGCAACAGUCCUCAUGUCGGGGGCUGCGGCAGUCAGCGGCGUUCCUUCACCUGGACUGAAAGCUUCGUCGCGCCUGACGUCGCUUCAAGACCAUCGUCCACUCGAUGCUCAGGAAAGCUCUCCACAAGUCGUGGACCAUCAUGCGCCUACAAAGUCGACAAGUUCGCGACCAGUGGUGGGUCAUGCCAUCGUGCAAAAUGAGUGAAACCGUGUCCAACGCACUUCAUGGACUCGGUCGAUGCUAUCAGAGAUAGAAAAAGAAGUUUCAAUAUAUUCAAAACAUUGAAUAAAUGUAAAAAUGAUUGCAAAC